GCGUACCACGACAGGAGAAGUAUUCUAAGACGACAGCAAGGGCACUAACCUCUUCUUUUUCAAGUACACCCGCACUUUCUUGCAUGAUCUGCUUUCGGUUAUUGCAACAGCCAAUCCGCAAUGGUCAGGUCUCUUUUGGUCCAAUCGCUCGGUUUUCGAAACUGUCACCGUCAAUUCGGAAAGCGUGAUUGCUUAUCGUUACGGCCACGAUUCUCAUCGUCGGCCGGUUUUCGUUCACCGUCCGACAAUGACGUUAUAUUCUUCCGAUCCAUCCUUUCGGACACACGCGUCGUGCAAGAUGAAGACACACUGCGGGUCCGGAACACGGACUGGACGAAGCAAUUCCAGGGGCGGUCCAAAAUUUUACUUCAACCUAGCACAAGCGGCCAAGUUGCCGAAAUCUUACAAUACUGUCAACGCGAAAAGCUAGCUGUCGUGCCACAGGCGGGACGAACGGGCCUCGUUGGCGGAUCUAUUCCAUUGGAGGAGGAGAUCAUCUUGAGCACAGAGAAAUUGAAUCUGAUUCAUGAUUUGAACGCGUACACAGGCAUUCUGCGAUGUCAAGCGGGAUGUAUCUUGGCCGACCUACAAGCCUACUGUGCGGAUCGUGAUCAUUUGGUUCCAGUGGAUCUGGGCUCGAAAGGAAGCUGUCAAAUUGGUGGUAAUCUGAGUACCAAUGCCGGUGGUCAGUACUAUUACCGCUACGGCUCGUUGGCAGCAAACGUCUUGGGAUUGGAAGUUGUCCUACCCGAUGGCCGAAUUCUGAAUCUUAACUAUCAGCAUUCCAAUCUCAAAGACAAUACCGGCUACAAAAUUCAUCAGCUCUUUUUGGGUGCCGAAGGGACAUUGGGGGUUGUCACGGGUGUGGCCAUGCUAUGUCCACGGAUGCCGCGAUCGCGACAAGCGGCAUUCUUAGCCUGCGACCGGUACGAAGAUGUACUACAGGUACUCCAAACAGCCAAAUCUGAAUUAGGUGAAAUUCUUGCUGCCUUGGAAUGGAUGGACCAAAAGGCAGUCGAGUUGGUGUCAAAUAACCAUACCAUUCCACUUUUGGCAUCAGACGGGGCGAUCUACAAUAACUAUUUAUUGAUCGAGACACACGGAUCUUGCCCAGACCACGAUCAGGAAAAAAUGGAGAAGUUCUUGGAGCUUGCCAUGGACAAAGGUCACGUAGUCGAUGGCGUCUUGGCGCAAGACUUGUCUCAAAUUGAAUCAUUUUGGAAUAUACGUGAAUCGGCCAACCCAGCGGUAGCAGCGACUGGAUACGGAUACAAAUACGAUGUGUCACUCCCAUUGCCAGAGUUUGUUCACUUUAUCGAUGAAAUGAGAAGCCGUCUUCAGGGACUAAACACGUUGAAUGCAAAUUGGGGGCAUAUAGUAGACGGCAAUCUGCACUUUAACGUUACAACUCCUGGUCUUUUUCAAGUUGAUGAGUCGGUGUCGGAUCGACUGCAACCAUAUCUAUUCGAGUCGGUUCUUCGUCGUGGAGGAUCAAUAUCAGCCGAGCACGGACUCGGUCAAACCAAGAAUUCUUAUCUGAAGAUUGUCCACGACGCAGACUGUUUGAUUGCCAUGCAGAAAAUCAAAUACGCUUUUGAUCCAGUAGGGAUUUUAAACCCACACAAAUUCCUUCCUCGACAGUGA